ACCUGAUUGACAUGGCCGUUACCGGCUGAAAGGGUUAGCGACGGUGAAAGGAUUUUACUGGAACUCCUGUGUGAUUUUUCCGGGACAAGGACUUAUCAGUUGUCGCUGAGCUGGAAAUAUAUAAAUAUGUGAACCCCCAUGCCGUGGAACUCUGCCGGCUUUGAAUGGCAUUCAUCCAGAGUGGAAAAGUCUGAGGAGGACACUGAAAAAUAGAUGUAGUCUGGUCAUUGAGAGCUCCAUAAGGUUAUGGAUUUGGGUACUUCUGCAAGACCUCCGGUUGGAAGGAGAAUGAAGGCCAAGGCCCCCCCUCCACCCCCAGCUCCCCAGCCAGCCCCUCGCAAGAUUUUCCGUAAUGCAGUCCCUGAUGGAGGAGGGUCUCCGGGUGGAGACACCAAGGAGAACAUGCUACGAACCACGGUGGACCUCCAUAUUACCCUGCCUGCUGGCUACCAGACCACUGUCACUGUGAACGGCAGGAAAGCUCUCAUGGACCUGCUGGUGGAUUUGUGCAGUCAGUACCACCUGAACCCAGCGUAUCACACUCUGGAGCUGCUGUCACCUGAAGCACAGUCUGUGGCCUUCAAGCCCAAUGCCCUGCUGGGCGCUCUGGACGUGUCCUGUGCUCUGAUCAAGGAGAGAGUAGCUGAAGAGCGAGUGGUCAGGAAACCACCUCCUAAAGUGCCAGAGAAGACCGUGCGCUUGGUGGUGAACUUUCACCGUGGUCAGAAGGCGGUGGUGAGGGUUAACCCCCUUGUGCCACUGCAGAGCCUUGUGCCAGUAAUCUGCCAGAAGUGUGAGUUUGACCCAGCCCACGUGCUGCUGCUACAGGACAGUGUUAGCAACCACGAGCUGGACUUGCGCAAAUCCCUCUCUGACCUGGACAUCCGUGAACUCUAUGUGCUGGACCAGACCCUUGUUCUCCAACCUAAAAUGGCUUCGGCUCCUGUCCUUAACUACUCAGCAGAGUCUCUGCACUCCAACACUCAGAGUGCCAGUGGAGUGGAGAAGAAGGGCCUUCUGGGGUUCUUCAAGAUUAGCAGGAGGAAAUCUAAGACCGAGGAGCUGAGCUCUGAGGACAUGGAUGAUCUUGAUGAUAGUGUUAUGCAAAAUACAGACACUUACGAGAAUGGUCUGUCAGUGGCUGGGGGUCCGUGUGUGGAGGUGCGGCCCAACACUCUGGGUCAGUCUCAGUCGGCCAUGAACCUGUCCAGACUGUCUCCUAAAACAGAGCCCAAAAAACGCAGAGCUCCUGCUCCCCCUCCUCCUCCAGCUCACACACACACAGCCGUCCCGGCCUCACUGACAAAACCAGGCUCACCACGACUAGACAGCCAGAUGAAGAAGCGUAAAGCCCCAGCUCCUCCACCUACUCCGACCCCCAGCACCCCUGAGCAAGUGCUCACCGUCCCUGUUGCUGUAGUCCAUGUACCCCCUCAGGCUCAGGGUAGGACCUCUGUACCUGUCCAGGUUCUCAGCUCCACGUCACAGGCUGAUGAUUCUCUGUCCGACCUGAGCCACAGCAUUGAGGAUUCUGAGCCUGCUGGCUCCAUCUGCAGCAGCUCCAGCAGCGACGCCGCUGCUGAAUCAGCCAGCAGCAGCCUGGCCGAGGAGCUCAUGCCUGAACCGACCAACAAGAGACCAGCAAGCUCAACGCCAGAACCAGAGCCAGAACUGGAAGCAAAUCCACAGCCCGCUCCCAGAAUCACUGUUAAGCAAGAGCCAGGCCCGAGUUCCACACCAGAGGAGUCAGCCCUGGAGCUUAAAAUGGAGGAAAUGGAGAACAACCGCCACAGUGCGAUAGGGUCUGGGUGUAAUGUGCCCCUCAAACCCAGGAGAAGUCCUUUAAGGGAGCUGAAGCAGCUGACUGUCUCCUCUCCCCCCUCCAGCCCUCCCCCACCCUCUGGACAGGACCUCCAGCAGCAAACCUCCAUAGACAUGCACAUAUCAGAAACAGCUCCUCAUUCCUGGCUGCACUCAGUGACGCAGAGAGCGGAGCAGGAAGUGGAGACAGUGUCUAUGUGCAGCAGUGAGAGCUUGGCGGAUCAGGGCUAUGCAGCAUCCGAUGGCAUGGCCGAUGACUCAGGCCUUCUCAGCUCUCCGUCUGACCUGACCCAGCCCACCUCUCCAGAGGACAUCAUCUCCCUGAACCAUGACCCCUCCCCCUCCCCCAGCCGCCAGCCCAAAGACUGCUCCAGCGACAGUGAUGAGGGCUGUGCCACCUGGGGCUCACGGCACAGUGAAGAAGUGCAUCGAGGGAACCAGUCAGAGAAGAGACAGAACAGCUAUGAAGAGGAUGCUGAGAUCACUGCCCAAAUCCAUCUCACCUUGGCUGACCUAGAUGCAGACCUAGCAGGUGAAGUUAAUCAUGGAGACGAGGGGUCUGCGUACAUGGAUGAUAAAAUCCCAGUGUCUGUUAUUGAUAUGGAUGUUCCAGUUACAACCAUUGACGAAGUCCCUGAUGACAAACGGUCCAGUCCAAGUGUUCCUCAAGCAUUUUGCAAUACUCAAAGCAUGAACAAACAAGACAUCACUGGUAGCUCCAUCAAGACGAAUGUGAAUGUCCAGAACAAAAGCAAUAAUGCUUGCUUGUCAGACAAAGCGAGCAUUAGUCAAACCCAAGCAGAUCAGAUUCAGUCUACAGAAAAAGUUGUUAGACAUGAUGUUAAAGGUGAACUUCAUAAACUGAAUGAUCUGAAUGGCAGUGUGCCACAAAGGUCUCGAAGUCCUGUGGUAUGUCCUGUUGUCCAGAAUGUUCAGUUUGUUCCAGAAAGCAGGCUUAGGCCACCUCCCUUAGUUCGGAGCUACAGCAUGGAAAACCCUGAAAUGGAGAGAGCCUUGCCUUCGAAAGCACCCACUGCAGCUCAAAUAAAGAUCACCCAGAGUCCUGUGUCUAGGUUCGGCUUGAAAACCUUCACUGUCAUCCCUGCCAAACCGGCCGUGUCCCACACUCCCAAACCUGCAGGCUCCCUGGGCACAGGUGCCAUUAAGAUUGACGAGCUAGGUAACAUGGUCAAACAGAGAGAGGCUAGGCCAUCCUCAGCCCAAGACAACUACAGUCAUCCCAAUGAGGUGGCUGUUGACCCAGAUUCUCCACUUCUGGGCAAAGCCAAAGCUUUCUGGAGUUCAGCUGAGAAGCAGGAUCCAGCCCCUGAAGCCAACAAAGGGACUUCUGUGACAUCUAGAGAGGCUGAGGUGCCCAGACCUCUCCCUGUAACAGUAAAAUCUCACACUCCAGAGAAAUCAAAUGUUGAGGAACCGCUGAAAGAGGCCAGUGGGUCAACAAACCACUCAGAAUCUGCAGUAGUGAACAAACUUCCCAUUUCAAAUCCUACUGAAAACAGCUCUUUCUCAGAACAGAGGAAAAAUCUUUUUUUCCUCAAGCCUUCCAGAAGAACAUCCAGUCAGUAUGUGGCUUCAGCAAUUGCGAAAUACACCGGGACCCCCACAACCCAGGUGAACGGAAUCCAGGAAAUGGCAGAAUCAACAUCUGGUGGACAAAGGCAAUUUGCUAGCCGAAGCUUCAAACAUGAGAUUAGAUCAUAUGCAUCUUCAAAUGCAUCCACAAGCCCAGUGCCUUAUUUUCCUGGCCCUAAACGUUCACAAAGCUACCCUAGUCAUAUUGCAGAUGGGGAGGCAAGCUCUGAUGAGCCACGGUCCAGCGCUCCAAGCAAAGGUACUCUACCCUUUGGCACAGUGAACGAUAAAUCUCUGGAUUCCAGCCUAGUAAAUGCCAAGCCUCAACAGCAAACACAGGCAUCUACAUACUCUGAGUCCACACAGUUCUCUUUUAAAGAGUACAUGUCUGUGAAAAGCACCCCAGAAAGCUUGAGUCCACCAAGCACUACCCGUCCACCAGUUCCAAAGAAGCCCGAGGUGCUUAGUCCAGGUGUUUUGCCUGAACCGAACCAGGUUACCUUGUUUGGGCCGAUAAAGAAAUAUAAGCCUGUAAUACUAAAGUCAGUGGAGAAGGAGAUGUCACUUCACAGCUCACUCAUGGAGGCCAUUCAGUCUGGAGAGGGAAUUGAACGUCUUAGAAAGGUAUCUGGGUCUUCCUUGACAAGCACCAUGAAGAAACCGUCCUAUGUGGAAACUGAGAAUGAGCGCUCUGCACUUCUGUCAGCCAUCAGAGCUCAAAGUAACUCUGCCAGACUGAAGAAGACUAGAUCAGAGGCAGCUCUAGAGCUGGAGCAGUUCAAGAAGGCAGAGGAGGACAGGGCUGCUCAGAGAGAUGACCCCUCCUCGACUCCUCCUGAUCCUCCUGCGUUUGUACCUCCUCCUCCACCUGUCUUUGUUCCACCUCCUCCUCCUCCCUCUGCCCCAUCCAAGCCUGCGCUGGUGCUGCCUGCAGGGGGGAACCCAGAGUUGGCCAGAGAGGCUAUGCUAGAGGCCAUCCGCUCUGGCGCUGGAGCUGAGCGGCUUAGGAAGGUUCCUGUCACAGUAAAAACACGUAAAGUGAAUGGAAGACUGGGCAUCAUCAAAGCACCAUCUUCACCUUCUCAAGAACACUAGAAACCAGUUCCAAAUCAGAUUUUGUAUUUUCAGGAAUUCCAAUAGCCAAAUCAAUUUCUUUUGUAAUUUACUCUAAAAUGGCUCACAUAAUUAUUUAUUUUGUUAUUAGUUAUAUGCUGCUUCAGGUCUGUGCCAAUACCUUUUUUUAGUUUAGUUUGCUUUCUUCUAAACCAGAUUUGUAAAUUUAUGUAUCUGCUACAUAACAUAUAUAAUUUCUCCACGCACAUCUGCCUGUUUCCUCUUCAGCCACCAGUAUUUGCCUGAAUAUUCACAGGUAUUUUCUGUUCUAAUGUGUUAUUCUUAGCUCUAAUGUGCAUGUUUAUCCCUUAUUUUGGAUCAUCGGCUUAGGUAAAAGGUGCUUCUUAGACUUUCUUUUUAAAUUGGACAGUAAAGAGACACUGCGAAGUGCUUUCUGUACGCUUUCUGACAAUGCAAAUGUUUUUGAGGCAUCGUAGUCCUUUAUACAGCACUAGUAGACAUUUGUCUGAUGAAUAGAUGAUGAAUGAUAAACUGAUCUGAGUUUCUAAGUUAUGUAAAUACUUUAGCACAACAGCUAGCUUUGCUAUUAUUGUAGCAAAUAAUAUUUAAUUAUAGGCUUAUAGAUUUAUUCAUGAAUAUUUUUCGAUUCCUAUUAAUAUGUUUUCACCAUGCUGCUAAACAGAACCUUUUCUAAGACUUAUAUUUGCCAUUUUGAUCGGAAGAUAAAAUCAGAAGUCACUACAAAUAGAUUUGUUAAUAUAUACAUUAAAUUAUAAUUUAAUUUGUUUAAUAAACAAAGGGACUGUAUGAAAGAACUAUACAGGAUCUAGACAGGCCUUCAAAUAUGAGCUGUUAUAUACGGACAAAAUAGGAACAGGUAUGAAUGCACUUUUUUUGAGAGUUGUAUAUUUUGUACCAGUUCACAUUAGUAACUGCUUCUCUGAUUAAGUUUGAGAUUGGAUUCACAAUAUUGGUGGAAUUUUUUUUUUUUUUAAUCCUUUGCUUUUUUUAUGUAAAGUACACAAUGUUUUGAAAGUUUGCACAGCAAUUUAAAUCACAUUUGUAAUUAAUAAACUAUUUUGUAAUCCUU